ACGUAUUCACCAUGGUGGCCUUGUAUUCCAACGUCCAGGCGGGUGUGGGCAUAGUGUGCUGCUGCGCUCCUGUCUAUAAGCCGAUACUUCCGGCGCCCGGGUUUUGGAAGCGCCUGGGGUCAAAAGUUAGUUUUUCGAGCCUGCGGCAGAAAGCUCAUGUGAAUACGACUGUGCAAGAUCAUCCACAGUAUUGGCUGCAGCAAGGUGAUGGCAGCGCGCGAGGGCUGGUCUGGUCAGUAACGCAAGGGGACAACAUCGACUUGGCCGUGGGUGACGCAAACGGUCUUCCCAUGAACGGUAUACAUGUUCAGAGGGACGUUGAGAUUACUCGAUGAAACCUGUUGGUGCGAUAGGAGAGUUGAAAACCUGAUCGCAAGGUAAAUGAAACAACCACCAAAAUGGUACAGCGAGCGGGUGGCUCAAUAGGAUCGAAACCUCUUAGAAAAGCCUCUUAGAAGCGGUCCUCCCGUUCUUGAGAUUCCUCACAACUUUAACCACCAGUAUGGUCGUCCCUGAUUGCUACUCACGUCAAGUACCAGGAUGUUCUUCCACCUCAAUGUACCCCGCCUGCCGCUGCAGACUACCCAAGGCCAAGACGUCGGCAUUAUCGGCAUCAUCGUGUUUAACGUCGUCUUAGCUUACGUAGGAGCCCGGUGCAUUUACCUUCUGUACUUUCAUCCCCUUUCCAAGUUUCCCGGCCCCAGACUCGCAGCCGUAUCCAAUGUCUGGUACGCGUAUCACUGGCUUUCUGGGAGAUGGCCAUGGGCUGUCGAAGCCGCAAUAAAGCAGUAUGGCGACGUCGUCCGAAUUGCACCGAAUGAGCUUGCAUUUGGUCAUCCUCGAGCCGCUGCAGAUAUCUACUCCUCUCACGACAAGAGCCUCGAAACCUUCGUCAAGACAGAUAUUCACGACUUCGCGAAAGACAAUGACGGCGGGCUCAUUUGGCAGCAAGACCCCCUCAGACACCGACAAAUUGCCAAACAGGUAGCUCCGGCCUUCAGUCAGAAGGCAAUCAGAGAGACGGACCCUGUGAUUCAUCACUAUGUAGACCUCUUCGUGAAUAGAAUGAAGGAAAUAGGAGACACGCAGAGUGGUAUUAGUCUCUCAAAUUGGACUCAAUGGCUAGCCAUGGAUAUCGCAGCCGACAUGGCAUAUAGUCACCGGGUGGAUUGCAUGAAAGAGGCCAAGAACUCGGCCUACCUCAACGCCGUUCUCAGUUUCAACAAGUUUGCGACCAUGACGCAAGUCUUGAGACGGUUUCCAUGGCUCGGCUUCCUGCGAUUUGCCGUCUUCCCGGUUUCGCUCGUCGGCAUGCUCAUGCAACUAAGGAAGGCGAGCCUGAAAGAAAUGCACCGGAGACUGUCGCUUCAAGGAGCCACAGAGCACGCCGAUUAUUUUGACCAGCUUGCACCCGCCGUGGGUCAUGCGGGUGAUAAUCCGGACGAGAUCCUCCAUUUAUCCAAGAUCUCAACGCAACUCAUGUUUGCCGGGUAUCUGCCGCCGUCGGACUGGUACUACGGUACUUUUUUCCACCUGUUGCACAACCGCGAGGCCCUCGAGACCCUCACGCAGGAGAUAAGAGCUGCUUUCACCAACUACGAGGAGAUCACGCCCAGCGCAGCGCAGCAGUUGCCGUAUCUCAAUGUCUGCAUGAAAGAGGCGCUCCGCCUCUUCCCUACUAGCGCUGUCAUCAACGGCAUGCCUGUCUACAGCCCGGGCACGGUCGUCGACGGUAAUUACAUACCUCGUAGCACUACAUGUCAAUUUAGCGGCUUCUCCGUAGCACGCAAUCCGACGUACUUCCGGGAUCCCCUUCUGUAUCGGCCUCAGCGCUGGCUGCCUGCUGAUCAUAGCCUUUACGACAAAAGGUACUCUGGCGACCAGCUAGAUGCGUACAUGCCGUUUAGUCAGGGCCCGAGAAUGUGCUCGGGAAAGGAGGUUGCGUGGUGGCAGGCCAGACUGGUGUUGACGAAAGUCCUAUGGUCGUUGGAUAUGGAGAUGAUCCCGGGACAGAGGGUCGAUCUAGAGAAGAACCUUAAGGGAUGGGGAUACUGGGUCAAGCCUGAGCUAAAAGUCAGAUUUAUGGCCGUGGAACGAGGACGUGGAAGAGAACAGGCCUAAACGGAAACGACGUGACUACUAGCAUACAUGUACAUAUACAGUAUUGACAUCCUGGGAUUCGGAUACGGUUUCGUUUUCUUUUCAAUCUGUGUUUAAGUGGGGUUGAAGCACCGAUAUCAAAACGGAGGCCCAGCUGUUAGUAGUUGUGCAAACCCCUGUGUGCUGUAUGGGCAAUAUUAUAUUCUCCGGCAACCUGCUUAUAGAUAUUAAUCAGAUCAUUUCUGAUAUUUUCUCAUGAUAAAGUGAAAAUUCGGAUACUGCGGUAGAUGGAGUUGAAGCUGGGGAGUAAUCGAGUUGUAUUUCUU